CUCUCUUUCUCAGAUCUUUGUGGCGGCUCUUCUUCAAAAUUGGAUCGGCCUCUCCCUUUCUCUCUCUCUCUCCCUAUCUUGGAAUCGAUCUGAUGCCGUCACGGUCCCCCGACACAAUUAUAUACAAAAGCAAACACCCACUUUACUUUUAACACUUCAAUAGUGUUCCGUGUCCCUCUGCUGGUUCCACUCCCACCUUAAGCCCACCCAUCACUCAAAUCAACCUCCUCUCCUUCCCUAAACCAAAAAUCCCGAUAUCCUCUCUCUCUCUUCUCUGGGUUUCUAGGGUUAAGGCAUCAACGAAACGAUGUCGUCAGAGAGGAAGAUAACUCUGAAGAGCUCGGACGGCGAGACGUUCGAGGUGGACGAGGCGGUGGCUUUGAUGUCUCAGACGAUAAAGCACAUGGUGGAGGACGAUUGUGCCGACAACGGGAUCCCGCUGCCCAACGUCACCAGCAAGAUCUUGGCGAAGGUCAUCGAGUACUGCCGGAAGCACGUCGAGGCCGCUAAGCCCGAAGAACGCGCCUCCGUCGAUGAAGACCUCAAGGCUUGGGACGCCGAAUUCGUCAAGGUCGACCAGGCCACGCUCUUCGAUCUCAUCCUGGCUGCGAAUUAUUUGAACAUAAAGAGCUUGCUGGACCUGACUUGCCAAACAGUGGCGGACAUGAUCAAGGAAAAAACACUCGAGGAGGACCCGCGGAACUGGGCUCGGCUGGCCUGCUCCUGCACCAAAUUCAACCUCCAAAUGUCCAGGCUCCUAUUGCGGCUCAAAGUCAAAAUCAGGUACAAGCCAAUCAACAGGUGCAAGUGCCUCUGUAUCAGCAGCCCCAAAUUCGCCAACCUCUCCUUGCCGUCACGAUCCUCCCCUACUCACUCGCCCAAGCUCCGCCGCCGGCCUCCGACUCCUGCAACGGCGUUUUCCUGUCGUACGCCUACACCACCGGAGCCCAGCUCCCGCCUGAGGUCAAAAAACCGGUCCCAGCAGCCCUACCGGUUCGAGUCGGUGCUUACGGUGCUCAACAACGGGCUCGACGAUCUCAAGUCGUGGAGGGUGUUUGUGGGGUUUACUAACAAUGAAUACUUGGUCUCUGCCUCCAAUGCCGUUUUGGCCGACGGGGGUAGCAUUCCUGUGAGUGUGGGAAACGGCACCGUUUUUGCUGGGUAUCCGAUGACCGAUCUGAAAACGGCUGUUAAGACGGCGGGGGACUUGACCCAGUUCGGUAUGGCCCCACCCAAAGUUCCCAUGCCUUCCAAUCUUACUUUGGCCAAUGAUGGCCAAUGAUGGGUUCGUCUGCCCAGCGGCUGCAAUGCAAGGGACCCAUGAAAUGUAAGUCUGUUGCACCGUAGACACAAAAUUUAAAACAAACAUCACCGUUGUCCCUCUACCCAUAUUUUUCUUCACCUCCACUGUUGCGGCAUCGUCCGAUUCAUCAUCAUCAUCACUUGCGAGACCCGGGGAGUUGGGUGUCUUGAGAAAUUCUUUUCGAUUUUAUCCUUGCUAUCUCUACCGCAACGGAUGAGCUUGAAAGGUGGGAAAUGGAUGCAUACUACGGUGAUAGCUGCCAUUGGGGUGAAUAAGCAGAGAACGCAGAGAGGCUUCAGUGGUGGAGGAGCAAAUGGAGCUCAAACUCCAACAGUAGCUUGUUCGCUGCCCGUCAACGCCUCCACCGAUUGCAGCAGCAACCAUCCUUGCCGUCUUUGCCGACGUCAACUCCUCCCGCGGAGUGUUCCUUCUUCAUCUCCACCAAUGGAGACAUUUGCAGCACUA